CUCGUUUGCCUCUUCGUCUUCUUCUUCUUCCUUGCAUUUUGCAGCCGAAGAAGAUGAGCGUGUGGAACUACGUCGUCACGGCGCACAAGCCCACCAACGUCACCCACUCCUGCGUGGGCAACUUCACCGGCCCUCAGGAGCUCAAUCUCAUCGUUGCCAAAUGCACUCGAAUUGAAAUACAUUUGCUUACUCCUCAGGGUUUACAGGCUAUGCUGGAUGUCCCAAUUUAUGGGAGAAUUGCAACGCUUGAGCUUUUUAGGCCUCAUGGUGAGGCACAGGAUUUUUUAUUCAUUGCCACUGAAAGAUACAAGUUCUGUGUUCUUCAAUGGGAUGCCGAGACAUCUGAGCUUGUUACAAGGGCGAUGGGCGAUGUAUCUGAUCGGAUAGGUCGUCCAACAGAUAACGGUCAGAUUGGAAUAAUUGAUCCUGAUUGUAGAUUAAUUGGUCUCCACUUAUAUGAUGGGUUGUUUAAGGUUAUACCUUUUGACAAUAAAGGGCAGCUUAAAGAAGCAUUCAACAUCAGGCUUGAAGAACUUCAAGUUCUGGAUAUAAAGUUUCUCUAUGGUUGCUCAAAACCUACGAUUGUUGUUCUAUACCAGGAUAACAAAGAUGCUCGACAUGUCAAGACUUAUGAGGUUGCUCUGAAAGACAAGGAUUUCGUUGAGGGUCCCUGGUCUCAAAACAAUGUAGAUAAUGGUGCAGAUCUGUUGAUACCAGUGCCUCCCCCUCUAUGUGGUGUUCUUAUAAUUGGGGAAGAAACAAUUGUAUAUUGCAGUGCAAAUGCAUUUAAAGCAAUACCAAUUAGGCCGUCCAUCACUAAAGCAUAUGGAAGAGUCGAUGCUGAUGGUUCUAGGUAUCUACUUGGUGAUCAUGCUGGGCUUCUCCACUUGCUUGUUAUAACCCAUGAGAAAGAAAAAGUUACAGGCCUCAAGAUUGAGCUUUUAGGAGAAACUUCAAUUGCAUCCACGAUAUCAUACCUUGACAAUGCCUUUGUUUUUAUUGGCUCAAGUUUUGGUGAUUCACAGCUUGUCAAGUUGAAUCUACAACCUGAUUCGAAGGGUUCAUACGUGGAAGUUCUGGAGCGCUAUGUUAACUUGGGACCCAUCGUUGAUUUCUCUGUGGUUGACCUUGAGAGGCAGGGUCAGGGUCAGGUUGUUACUUGUUCUGGAGCUUACAAGGAUGGUUCUCUCCGUAUAGUACGGAAUGGCAUAGGAAUCAAUGAACAGGCAUCUGUAGAACUACAAGGCAUUAAAGGAAUGUGGUCUUUGAGAUCUUCUAUAGACGAUCCUUUUGACACUUUCCUGGUUGUAAGCUUUAUUAGUGAGACAAGAAUUUUGGCCAUGAAUCUUGAAGAUGAGUUGGAAGAAACUGAGAUAGAGGGUUUUUGUCCUCAAGUUCAAACUCUCUUCUGCCACGAUGCUGUGCACAAUCAACUUGUCCAAGUGACUUCAAGCUCUGUGAGACUUGUAAGCUCUAUGACGAGAGAGCUGAGGAAUGAAUGGCAUUCUCCACAAGGAUAUUCUAUUAAUGUUGCCACUGCUAAUGCCACUCAGGUUCUACUGGCAACUGGAGGUGGUAAUCUUGUUUAUCUAGAAAUCGGCGAUGGGGUUUUGAAAGAAAUCAAACAUGUACAGCUAGAAUAUGAGAUCUCAUGCCUUGACAUUAAUCCCAUCGGGGAGAAUCUCCAUUACAGUCAGCUGGCAGCAGUUGGAAUGUGGACGGAUAUAAGUAUUAGGAUAUUUUCAUUGCCAGACUUGAAUCUCAUUACCAAGGAGAAUUUGGGAGGAGAAAUAAUACCUCGUUCUGUUCUGCUCUGUGCCUUUGAAGGGAUAUCUUACCUCUUAUGUGCUCUUGGAGAUGGUCAUCUCUUAAACUUUCAAUUGAACAUGCAUUCUGGUGAGUUAACAGAUAGGAAGAAGGUGUCUCUCGGGACUCAGCCCAUUACCCUCCGUACGUUCUCAUCAAAAAAUACUACGCAUGUAUUUGCUGCGUCAGAUAGGCCAACCGUCAUUUACAGCAGUAACAAAAAGUUACUCUACAGUAAUGUAAAUCUCAAAGAAGUGAGCCACAUGUGCCAAUUCAACUCUGCUGCUUUUCCUGACAGUCUGGCAAUUGCGAAAGAAGGCGAGCUUACUAUUGGUACCAUUGAUGAUAUCCAGAAACUUCACAUCCGCUCUAUCCCCCUUGGGGAGCAUGCACGACGCAUUUGCCAUCAGGAGCAGUCUCGGACUUUUGCAAUUUGUAGCAUGAAGUACAACCAGUCGAGUGCUGAAGAAUCUGAAAUGCAUUUUGUUCGGCUUUUAGAUGACCAGACUUUUGAUUUCAUGUCCACUUACCCGCUUGAUACAUUUGAGCACGGUUGCUCCAUACUUAGUUGUUCCUUUUCUGAUGACAAUAAUGUGUAUUACUGUGUUGGGACUGCAUAUGUGCUGCCGGAAGAAAAUGAACCAACCAAGGGCCGGAUAUUAGUUUUCAUUGUUGAGGAUGGGAAAUUACAGCUGAUUGCUGAAAAAGAGACCAAGGGGGCUGUUUACUCUUUGAAUGCUUUUAAUGGAAAGCUAUUAGCUGCAAUCAAUCAAAAAAUUCAAUUGUACAAGUGGAUGCUGCGAGAUGAUGGUUCUCGUGAAUUGCCAGCUGAAUGCGGACAUCACGGUCACAUACUUGCCCUCUAUGUACAAACUCGCGGAGACUUCAUUGUAGUUGGUGAUCUGAUGAAGUCAAUAUCCCUGCUGAUAUACAAGCAUGAGGAGGGUGCCAUUGAGGAGCGGGCACGUGAUUACAAUGCAAAUUGGAUGUCUGCUGUUGAGAUUCUCGAUGAUGACACUUAUCUUGGUGCUGAAAAUAACUUCAACCUCUUCACAGUGAGGAAGAACAGCGAAGGUGCCACCGAUGAGGAGAGGGGCCGUCUUGAGGUGGUUGGCGAGUAUCACCUUGGGGAAUUCGUUAACCGGUUCCGCCAUGGUUCCCUCGUGAUGCGGUUGCCGGAUUCCGAUGUCGGUCAGAUUCCGACCAUCAUAUUUGGCACGGUUAACGGCGUGAUUGGAGUGAUUGCCUCGCUCCCUCAUGAUCAGUAUGUAUUUCUAGAGAAGCUUCAGUCAAACUUGAGAAAGGUAAUUAAAGGAGUUGGAGGACUGAGCCAUGAGCAGUGGAGGUCGUUUUACAACGAGAAGAAGACCGUGGAUGCUCGGAAUUUCUUGGAUGGAGAUCUCAUCGAAUCGUUCCUAGACCUUAGCCGUGGGCGGAUGGAUGAGAUAUCCAAAGCAAUGAGUGUUUCGGUGGAGGAACUCUGCAAGAGAGUUGAAGAGUUGACCAGACUGCAUUGAUUGUAAGACCACAAAGGAUGUAAUAUUUUCUCUUUUACCUCUUGUUUUUUCUUUGUUGUUUUCAUUUUUUACCUUGUGUCAAAGGUUUUAGAUAUGUGUGGGAUCUUGUAUUCUCGCUCUUGGGUCUGAAACUUUUAUGGUCUUCUGUGUUGGAAAGGAAACUAGUAUAUGCAUGAAAUGAUAAAGCAUGUUGUUGGCUCUGUUUUGCGAGUUCCAUUAUAUUAUUUGCUACUCCAUCUCU